AUGUCUGGAGUGGCCUUCUUGGAAAGCUAUCACCACUACUGGCGGUCCAGCCUCCGGUGGACCCCAGCCGCCGCCUGCAGCUUCCAGCCGCCGCCUGAGGCCCCGCCUCCAGCGGCCCCGAACCGCCGCCCGCAGCCGCCAGCCUCCGGCAGCUCCGAGCCACCGCUUGUAGCUUCCAGCCGCCGACGGCCGCACCGCCUCCGGCGGCCCCAAGCCCCUGCCUGCAGCUUCAAGCCGCCUGACGCCCCGCCUCCGGUGGACCAACCUCCCGCGGCCCGAGCCGACGCCUGCAGCCUGCAGCCUCCGGCGGCCCUGCCUUCAGCAGCCCCGCAAGCUGCCGAGACCCCAGGGGUCCAGCGGUCAGCGGUCCCAACGCCUACAGCCCCUGGACACCAGCGGUCCAGCGGUCGGCCGUCCCUACGCCUACAGCCCCUAGACGCCAGCAGUCCUGAGCCUCCGGCGGCGGCGGACAGCAGGAGAGUCAACGGUGAAGAGAAGAGCUGUAACAGCUCUUCCUCCGGCGGACGCCAGCCGCCGCCCGCAGCUUCCAGCCGCCGCCUGAGGCCCCGCCUCCAGCGGCCCCGAACCGCCGCCCGCAGCUUCCAGCCGCCGCCUGAGGCCCCGCCUCCAGCGGCCCCGAACCGCCGCCCGCAGCCUCCAGCCUCCGGCAGCUCCGAGCCACCGCUUGUAGCUUCCAGCCGCCGACGGCCGAACCGCCUCCGGCGGCCCCAAGCCGCUGCCUGCAGCUUCAAGCCGCCUGACGCCCCGCCUCCGGUGGACCCGCCUCCCGCGGCCCGAGCCGCCGCCUGCACAGCCCCGCAAGCUGCCGAGACCCCAGAGGUCCAGCGGUCAGCGGUCCCAACGCCUACAGCCCCUGGACACCAGCGGUCCAGCGGUCGGCCGUCCCUACGCCUACAGCCCCUAGACGCCAGCCGUCCUGAGGCGCAAGCAGCCCGGAGAUGCCAACGGCUCCUAGACACCAGCAGCCUCGCCGCAAAGUGCCUCGCCACGGCGAACCACACGUGGCCUAACCGCAGUGGUGGCUUCCUCCGGAGCUAUCACCACUACUGGCGGUCCAGCCUCCGGCGGACCCCAGCCGCCGCCCGCAGCUUCCAGCCGCCGCCUGAGGCCCCGCCUCCAGCGGCCCCGAACCGCCGCCCGCAGCCUCCAGCCUCCGGCAGCUCCGAGCUACCGCUUGUAGCUUCCAGCCGCCGCCGGCCGCCCCGCCUCCGGCGGCCCCAAGCCGCUGCCUGCAGCUUCAAGCUGCCUGACGCCCCGCCUCCGGUGGACCCGCCUCCCGCGCCUCCGGCGGCGGCGGCGGCGGCAGCGGACAGCAGGAGAGUCAACGGUGAAGAGAAGAGCUGUAACAGCUCUUCCUCCGGCGGACGCCAGCCGCCGCCCGCAGCUUCCAGCCGCCGCCUGAGGCCCCGCCUCCAGCGGCCCCGAACCGCCGCCCGCAGCUUCCAGCCGCCGCCUGAGGCCCCGCCUCCAGCGGCCCCGAACCGCCGCCCGCAGCCUCCAGCCUCCGGCAGCUCCGAGCCACCGCUUGUAGCUUCCAGCCGCCGACGGCCGAACCGCCUCCGGCGGCCCCAAGCCGCUGCCUGCAGCUUCAAGCCGCCUGACGCCCCGCCUCCGGUGGACCCGCCUCCCGCGGCCCGAGCCGCCGCCUGCACCUCCGGCGGACGCCAGCCGCCGCCCGCAGCUUCCAGCCGCCGCCUGAGGCCCCGCCUCCAGCGGCCCCGAACCGCCGCCCGCAGCUUCCAGCCGCCGCCUGAGGCCCCGCCUCCAGCGGCCCCGAACCGCCGCCCGCAGCCUCCAGCCUCCGGCAGCUCCGAGCCACCGCUUGUAGCUUCCAGCCGCCGACGGCCGAACCGCCUCCGGCGGCCCCAAGCCGCUGCCUGCAGCUUCAAGCCGCCUGACGCCCCGCCUCCGGUGGACCCGCCUCCCGCGGCCCGAGCCGCCGCCUGCAGCCUCCUCCGGCGGACCCCAGCCGCCGCCCGCAGCUUCCAGCCGCCGCCUGAGGCCCCGCCUCCAGCGGCCCCGAACCGCCACCCGCAGCCUCCGGCCUCCGGCAGCUCCGAGCCACCGCUUGUAGCUUCCAGCCGCCGACGGCCGCACCGCCUCCGGCGGCCCCAAGCCGCUGCCUGCAGCUUCAAGCCGCCUGACGCCCCGCCUCCGGUGGACCCGCCUCCCGCGGCUCCGGCGGCGGAGAGCAGGGCAGUCACGGUGCCUGGAAGAGCUGUAACAGCUCUUGUAAGAGUUAUAACCGCGUCUGGUGGUCCAGCCUUUGGCGGCCCCGACUCGCCGGCCGCAGCCUCCAGCCUCCUGCUGUCCAGUGCCGCCGCCCGCCAGAAGCAGUCGAUAGUGAACCGUUUAGCACCACGUCCCCACGAAUGUGCAUUGCACGUGUGA